AUGGAUGCCAGCCUGGGAUCAGUCACUAACACCACCACCAACAGCAGCAGCAACCCUCCUCCAUGUGGGACCAGCUCCGAGUUUAAUCAUUAUUAUGGGAAUGGAAGAAGAGGAGGGCCUUGCUUUGAUCAACAUGGCGGACAACAAAGCGCAGGGACUGGGGUAAAACCGGCGGCGCACUCGGCACACAGCACCAUGGAUCAGGUUCAAAACUCACACGAAGGCUACAACAACAACAACAACAACAGCAGCAGCCCAUACAACAACAACUACCCAAACUACCGCCCUGGCUACGGCAGCAGCAGCAGCGGUGGCAGCAGCUAUGGAGGAAUGAUGAGCCCCGCACGGCAGGGGAGUAACCUGCUCGGCCUGGCCGCCUCUAGUAGCGCCAAAGCCGGCAUGACUGCUGCUAACACCCCGGUCGGAGCUGGAGGUGGAGGUGAUGGAGGCGGAGGAUUUCAGCGAUUUCAGCAGCACCCAUCAGGAGCUACACCGACUUUAAAUCAACUACUUACAUCUCCGAGUCCGAUGAUGCGUGGUUAUGGAGGUGGAUACCCUGAAUAUAGUAAUAAUAAUAAUAAUACUCCGCAGCAACAGCAGCAGCAACAGAGCAUCGGUGGCUCAUCUGCAGCGGCUCACGGUUGGGGAGGACAACACCGAAACCACCCUGCUAUGAACCCGGGAAACAACGGGCAGGGCAGCGGCAGAUCACAGGUGCCGCCUAUGGACCCGAUGGCGAUGAAGCGCUCGCAGCUCUAUGGCAUGACCAGCAACCCGUACUCCCAGCAGCAGGCGGCGCCGUACCCCGGCCAGCCCUACGGCUCCCCGUCUCCACACAGAUACCCGAUGGGGAUGCCGGGCAGAGGGCAGAUGGGGUUGGGAGGGAUGCAGUACCCUCAGCAGCAGAUGGGUUCUCAGUACGCUCAGCAGCAGAACGUGGGUGGCUACGGUCAGCCGGGUCAGCCGCCAUAUUUCAGCCCCCCACAGCAGCAGCCCGCCGCCCCCAGCCAGCCACCGUACAUGCAGCCUCGUCCACUGCCGCAGCAGGAAGUGCCACAGGAGGCGUACGGGGGGCGUGGCCAGUCCGCUGCAAUGACUCCUGGGAAACCAAACCACGAGGAGAUGAGUCUGAGCCAGCAGGAGAGACCGUCCAGUCUGCCGGAUCUAUCCGGCUCCAUUGAUGACUUGCCGACGGGCACCGAGGCGGCGGUGAGUUCAGGAGGAUUAGGAUCCGCCGGUGCUCAGGGCGACCAGGGAACACCGACCCGCUCUCCCUUCUCCCCCCACGUCUCGCCUCGACUCCCCCCGCCCGCCAGAACCGGACCCUCCCCCUCUCCGUCGCCAUCUCCCGCCGGGUCAAGAUCCGGACCGCUCUCGCCCGCCGGCAGCGGACCAGGAUCUCAGCUGACCCCUCAGGUCUCCGGUCCAGGAUCAGAUGUUGGUCCUCAUUCCUCCCAGUCUGCCAUGACUCAGGACAGAGGUUUCCCUCCUUCCAUGCAGCGUAGCACCCCAGGGCCCCAGUUUGGCUCCCAGCAGUCAGCACCCCCCAUGUCCCCUCACCCAGCGCCUGCGGGCCCCAUGCAUCACGGCUCCUACCAGCAGGGAGGACCCUCUUACAGCCAGUAUGGACCCCCAGGUAACUUCCCCCGGCCCCCCCACUACGGCGGGGCUCCCAGUGCCAACUACAGCGGCCCCGGUCCAGGACCAGGCCUGGCCAACAGUUUAGGGUUGAACGCCAGCAGUCCCAUGCACGGUCAGGGCCCCUCCACCCCGGCAGGUCGCGGCCCCGGACCCGGCGCAGGGGGUCGGCCUUUUCCCGCCGGAGGCAACGCCAUGGCCCCCACCUCCCCCGGCAUGCCACAGCCAGCCGGGCAGGGCAUGGGACCUCCGGGGCCCAACGGCAGCCGCAAACCACCGGAGGUUAUUCCCAACGCGGGGCCGAGUGCCAACUCUUCCUCCAACGCUGCUGCUGCCGCCGCCGCUGCUGCUGCUGCUGCUCAGGGCAGGCCUCCCUUUGCUCACUCCCCCGUCUACCACAACCAGUCCUGGCCCGGGGGUCGACCUGCCCUCUCUCCUACCCCUCACCCCUCUCACCCUCCUCACCCUCAGCACCAUCAUCCUCCUCCUCCUACUCCUCCUCCUCCUACUCCUCCUCACCACCUUCAGAAGGGCUCCAAUUCUCUGCCCCAUCCCGCCGGGCAGACCCCCCCUGAGCAUUAUGGGCAGGGCAGCUUCCCUGGCAUGGCACCGAUGGGAGGGAUGGGACCCGGAGGUCCUGGAGGUCCUGGGGGUCCUGGAGGCCCCGGAGGUCCUGGAGGUCCUGGAGGUCCUGGAGGUCCGUUCAUCCAGCAACCAGGGAGCAACUCUGGCAGGAUGACACCACAGGGUCUCCCCUACAACGCCCCAUCCUCAGGUCCGAUGAUGAUGCCAGCGGACGGGAUGGGCGUUCAUCCUGACGCCAAGCAGAGGGUGGAGCUCAACAAAGAGGUCGUUGUCGCUCCUCCUGCUGAUCCACCCAAACCCAAGAAGCCCAGCGUGGCCACCAUGACCAACGAGAAGAUCACUCGGCUCUACGACAUGGGUUCGGAGCCGGAGAGACGGGUGUGGGUCGACCGCUACCUGUCCUUCAUGGAGGAGAGGGGGACGCCCGUACCGAACCUCCCCGCCGUCGGAAAGAAGCCGCUGGACCUCUGCAGACUCUACCUGUCUGUCAGAGAGAUCGGAGGACUGGCAAUGGUGAAUAAGAACAAGAAGUGGAGGGAGUUGUCGUCCCAGUUGAACGUGGGGACGUCCAGCAGCUCCGCCAGCUCUCUGAAGAAGCAGUACAUCCAGUACCUGUUCGCCUACGAGUGUAAGGUGGAGCGAGGGGAGGAGCCUCCACCCGAGGGCACGGGACCCACAGCGGACACCAAGAAACGUCCGUCACUCCAGACCAAAGUCCAACCUCCCUCCCCAGCCAACUCGGGUUCCCUGCAGGGUCCCAACACCCCUCAGUCCAGCAGCAGCUCUCUGGCCGAGGCCCCCAUAGAAAUGAAGCCCCCGACCCCGGCCUCCACCCCCCACAGCCAGAUGGGCCCUCAGCCUGUCAACAGGAACAUGGUCGGAGUGAGCAUCCAGGACCCGUUCUCUGAAGGCAACGAUCCAGCUUUCCACAACAAGCGAGGCCCGGGACCCGGCGGCGCCCCCUACCAGCAGGGAGGAGGUCCUGCAGACCCCUCCAUGAGGAUGCAGUACGAGGCCAACAAAGACCCAUUUGGAGGACAGAGGAAAGGACCAGGACCCAGCGAGGCCUUCGGUCCUGGACAGAUGCCCAGCGGUGCCAUGCAGGACAUGUACCCCCGCGGGCCACCCUCGGGGCCCCUGACAGGGAUGGGACCUCGGCCACAGUUCCCCUUCGGCCCCGGUUACGAACGGAGGCCGGACCAUGCGAUGGGGCCGGAGGGAGGAGGUCAGAACAGCAUGGGCCCCUCUGGAAACGAAGCGGGCAUGUACCCCGCCAACAGAUACCCCCACCAGAGACACGGACACGACGGCUACGGGCAGCAGUUUCCUCACAACAUGGCCUACGGUUCCCAUCAGCCCCUGUACCCCCAGCAGCAGGGCUACAAGCGUCCGAUGGAGGCGAUGUAUCCGCCCGCUAAGCGUCAUGAAGGCGAGGCGUUCGGGGUGCAGCAGUUUGGCUCCCAGCAGCCUGAGAUGUUCGGCCCCUACGGGGGAGCAGGGGGGGGCUACAUGGGCCCCGAGCGGCGGCCGGUCCAGGGCCAGUACCCGUAUCCGUACAACCGAGACCGCCAGGGGCCCCCGCAGCACGGCAUGAUGGGCUCAGGAGCUCCGGCGGUGUCUGGUGGUCCCGGUGAGGGGCCGCAAGCCAACAUGUGGCACCCCAGGACAGAGAUGGGCUUCCCGUUCAGCCGGCAGGGCCAGGGGCCCCCGUUCCCCGGCAUGGGCCGAGGGGAAGACCAGGAGGGCAGGGCCCCCCAGGACGGCCAGUGGCCGCCCAGUCACCCGGGGCAACGCCAACCGCCGUUCCCGUCCCACUCCUCUUCCUCCUCCUCAUCUUCCCCCUCCAUGCCCCCCAUACCCUCCAGACAGCCCCCCUCCUCCUUCCAGGCCGCGCCUAUCGUCCCUAACCAUGUGACCCGCUCUCUCAGCCCCUCCUUCUUCCCGCGGCCCCUGGGUGGCUCUCUGUCCCCCAACAGCGCCCCCUACAUGCCCUCCAUCAAGAAGCCGGGCCCCGGCCCAGCACCCGGUCAGGGACCCCUCCCCCUCCACAGAGACGUCAGCUUUCCCCCUGGCUGCACCGAAGCCACGCCUCCAAAACUGAAGCCACGACGCCGGCUCACCGCCAAGGACACGGGAACCCCGGAGGCGUGGCGGGUGAUGAUGUCACUGAAGUCCGGCCUAUUAGCAGAGAGCACCUGGGCUCUGGACACCAUCAACAUCCUGCUGUAUGACGACAGCACAGUGGGCUCCUUCAGCCUCCCACAGCUGCCUGGUUUCCUCGAGAUCAUCGUAGAGUUUUACCGUCGCUGCCUCAUCCAGAUCUUCGGCAUCCUGGAGGAGUACGAGGUGGGGUCAGAGGGUCAGCGUGCCCUGCUGGGACCCCUCCCAGACCUUCUCAAAGAGGAGGAGGUGCCAACUGAGUCUAACAGCCAAUCACAGGAGGAACAGAGGAUAGCGAGGAGGUCAGCGGAGGAGACGGUGAAGCUUCUUCUUUCAGCUGCGCCAGACAUCAGCGGCGAGGAGACGAAGAACAACAACACCGCCGCCGCCGUCGUCAAGGAGGAGCCGGCAGAGCCCCGCCCCCAACAGGCCAGCAAGCACGACAAGCUGCCAAUCAAGGUGGAGGAGACGGGGGAGGAGUGGCAGCAGGUGGAGGAGCGCUGGGCCGAGCUCAGCCGUCGAAACGGCUUCAUCAGCGGCCUCCUGCACUGGAAGGCCGGAGGAGGAGACUCCACCACUCACAUCCAGACGCACCUGGAGCCCCGAGCAGGAAACUCCGCCCGCCCAAACCCGCUGGAGAGGGAGGGGAGAGGUGGAGGAGGAGGAGGAGGAGGAGGAGAGGGAAGCAGUCAGGAGAGGGAGGGAGGAGCUGAUGGACAAGAGGAGGAGGGAGGGGAGGAGCAGAACCAACAAGAGUGCGGAGGUCAGAGGUCACCGCCGGCUCAGAGUCCCAUCAGCCAGCUGGAGGACGAGCCGCGCUGCUGGGACGAGGCUCCGCUCUCCACCGCCGAGAACUGGCAGGACUCCCUCGCCAAACGCUGCGUCUGCAUCGCCAACAUCGUGCGCGGCCUCUCCUUCGUCCCCGGCAACGACGCCGACAUGUCGCAGCACCCGGGCCUGAUCCUGAUCCUGGGCCGUCUGGUUCUGCUGCACCACCACCACCCCCGCAGGAAACGGACGCUGCCCACCUACCAGCGGGAGGAGGAGCAAGGCUUGGCGUGCAGCCGGGACGAGUGGUGGUGGGACUGCCUGGCGGCGCUCAGGGAGAACACGCUGGUGACGCUCGCCAACAUCGCCGGCCAGCUGGACCUGUCGCAGUACACCGAGAGCAUCUGCCUGCCGAUCCUGGACGGACUUCUGCACUGGAUGGUUUGCCCGUCCGCCGAGGCCCAGGACCCGUUCUUCACGGUGGGCGGUUACUCCUCGCUCACGCCGCAGCGGCUGGUGCUGGAGAGUCUGUGCAAGCUGAGCAUCCAGGACUGCAACGUGGACCUGCUGCUCGCCACGCCGCCGUUCGGCCGCCAGCAGAAGCUCUUCUCCACGCUGGUGCGGCUGGUCGGCGAGAGGAAGAGCCAGGUGUGCCGCGAGAUGGCGGUGGCCGUCCUGUCCAACCUGGCGCAGGGCGACCCGACGGCGGCCCGGACCAUCGCGCUGCUGAAGGGCAGCGUGGCGACUCUGAUCGGCUUCCUGGAGGACAGCGUCGCCAUGGCGCAGUACCAGCAGAACCCGCACAGCCUGCUGCACGCCGCCGCGCCGCCCGAGCCGCCGAGCAUCAACAUGAUGUGUCACGCCGCCAAAGCGCUGCUGGCCAUGGCGAAGGUGGAGGAGAACCGGGCGGAGUUCGUCCUGUACGAGAGCCGGCUGCUGGACAUCUCGCUGUCGGCCGCGCUCAGCUCCUCGGUGGCGGCCAUCAUGUGUGAAGUACUGUUUAAAAUCGGCCGCUCGUGACACGAACACCGCCACGGAGCGCGCUCAGUGACGCCGGAAGCAGCUCUGCCCAUGUGACGAACUGGCUCCUAUUAUAUUUUUAUUUAAAGAAAAGAACACGAAAGGUUUUUACAUACAAAUGAAAUAUAUAUAGAAUAUAUAAAAGCUCCUCGGCUCCAUCUGCAAAUGUUUAUUUGGGAUUUUUAAGUAAUUUUAAUACAAAAAAAAAUAUUUAAUACUUGUAUUUUUAAUUUUUUAUUCUUUGGUCAGUUUGUUGGUUGUUUUUUUUGUUUUUGUUUCGUUUUAACCAAAGUGUGACGAGGUGGAAAGCGCUCGGGUUCUGGCUCCUUGAUGUUUUUUAAAUGGAUCGUGGUCGUUUGUUUCUGU